AUGGCUUCGCCAGCACCACUCCUGAGACCGCCAAUUCCCGGUAGCAGGAACACGAGUGCCUCACGCACACCCAAGCUCGGCCUGGCUAUUCCGCCCUCUCCAAAUGCCAGACCUCUCAAUACCACAAAUUCACAUGCCGUACCCCCUCUUCAAAUACCGCCUCGCCAGGGUCCUCCAAAGUUGAGUCUAGCUACACCCAUGGGGAGUCAUGGCGUCCCUCAAGAGACCACUCGGGCUGCAAGAGGGAAGCUUCCCCCACUACAAGUCACUGGUCUCUCGACUUCUCAGGGCGGUGGAAGUAGCGACGACAGCGCUCGUUCGAGAUCAAACAGCAACACUGCGAGUAACAACUAUUCCACCUCUACCACCGCUUCUUCAUACUCAGCCUCGCUGGCUGGACUGAUUGGCGGCCAAUCCAACUCGCAAGAUCCACUUUCCGCCGCUGGCUCGUUAUACUCGGCAUCGUCCGCUGGCGGACUUGGUGGUACGGGUAUGGAACGAGAUGGCAGCAUGCAAGGAGCAAUAUUACCGGACUUGGAGAAGCUAAGCCUGGAGAAAGGAAGAGCGCUUGAUGUUGAGGAUCUUGACGAUGCUGGCUGGAAAGUGGCUGCUAAAGAAGACAGAAUUGUCGAGCUUGGAAGCCUAGGAGAAGGUGCAGGAGGUGCCGUCAACAGGUGUAUACUCAAAGGUGGAAAGACAGUGUUUGCGUUGAAGAUCAUUACGACAGACCCUAACCCGGACGUCAAAAAACAGAUUGUUCGCGAGCUGUCGUUCAACAAGAACUGCGCCUCGUCGCAUAUCUGCCGCUACUACGGCGCAUUUAUUGAUGAAACCCAUGGCACCAUCGGCAUCAGCAUGGAAUACUGCGAGGGUGGCUCUCUGGACUCGGUUUACCGUGAGGUCAAGAAACUGGGCGGUCGCACAGGCGAAAAGGUCUUGGGCAAAGUGGCCGAGGGUGUGCUCAACGGACUCACCUACCUGCACAGUCACCGCAUCAUCCACCGCGACAUCAAGCCGUCCAACAUUUUGCUGACCAGAUCUGGCGAGGUGAAACUCUGUGACUUUGGCGUGUCUGGUGAGUUCGGUACCAAGGGUGACGCAAACACUUUUAUCGGAACUUCCUACUACAUGGCGCCGGAACGUAUCACUGGUCAGAGCUACACCAUCACUUCCGACGUGUGGAGUUUGGGUGUCACACUACUCGAGGUAGCGCAACACAGAUUCCCAUUCCCGGCUGACGGGACGGAGAUGCAACCCAGAGCCGGACUCAUCGAUCUUUUGACCUACAUCGUCUCACAGCCUAUUCCGAAGCUAAAGGACGAGAUUGGUACUCCCGACGGACAGGAUAUUCGAUGGAGUGAGAACUUCAAAUAUUUCAUCGAGUGCAGUCUGGAAAAGGAGCCCAACCGACGAGCGACACCCUGGCGGAUGCUGGAACAUCCCUGGAUGUUGGAGAUCAAGUCCAAGCGGGUCAACAUGGCUUCAUUCCUCAAAAGAGUUUGGGACUGGACAGACUAA